UUUCCUCCAUUUUCCAAAUCAAGUGGAAAUACCUCCAAAUCACAAUGGCCGCCAUCUGGGGUAACGGCGGGCAGGCUGGCCAGUUCCCGCUGGAACAGUGGUUCUAUGAAAUGCCUCCCGUCACGCGCUGGUGGACUGCGGCCACUGUAGCCACUUCAGUAUUGGUCCAGUGCCAUGUCCUCACCCCCUUUCAGCUAUUCUACAGCUUUCGCGCUGUGUAUGUAAAAUAUCAGUACUGGCGACUGUUGACCACAUUUCUUUACUUUGGUCCCUUGAAUCUCGACCUGCUGUUCCAUGUCUUCUUCUUGCAACGGUACUCCCGCCUCCUGGAAGAGUCGUCGGGGCGGUCGCCGGCGCAUUUUUCAUGGCUGCUUUUUUACGCCAUGACCUCGCUGCUUCUGCUUUCACCAUUCCUCUCGCUGCCUUUUCUGGGCACUGCCCUCUCAUCCAGCCUGGUCUACAUAUGGAGCCGUCGCAACCCCGACACUCGUCUGAGUUUUCUCGGGAUGCUAGUGUUCUCAGCCCCCUACCUCCCUUGGGUGUUGAUGGCGUUCAGCUUAGUCGUCCACGGGAUUGUGCCCAAGGACGAAAUCUGCGGCGUCGUGGUGGGUCAUGUCUGGUACUUCUUCAACGACGUCUACCCCUCGCUGCACGGUGGCCACCGGCCUCUCGACCCCCCGGCCUGGUGGGCGCGUCUGUUUGAACCAGCGACUGGCGACGGGAACCGAGGUCUCGCUGCCAACGACGCUGCGCCUGAGAUUUGAUGAGUGGUUUGUCAGGGGCUGAGAUUUUGUUCGCGGAUACGCUGGACUUAUUGUGAACAAGACCUGUCACCCUGCGCAACGCUCAAGCCUCUCUCUCUCUCUUUCUCCGCCCAAGCAGAAAUUUUCUUGAUUAGCGGACGCGAUGCGCAGAAGACAUGCUAACUCGGAAGCGCUAAACUGAAGCGACAAAUAGGCCAUGGCAGCAUUAAUGGAUUCUAGGUGGAUUCGCCCCCGCUGCAUCGCAGGGUCCUUUGAUGUGGCAUAGUGAUGGGAGGUGCAAUUGCAAGGCUUACUUGCGCCAGGACCGCUUUCUCAACAAAACAGAGAGAAAAAAAAAAAAAAAAAAGCUGGAGAGCAG